AUGGCCACCCGCUUGUUUGAGGAGAAAGAUCACAUUGCUUUAUAUCAGCAAUUCAGGUUCUCUCCCCAGCAGAACCUGCUUGGGGUGAUUUUCUCAUACCUGGAAAGAAAGAAAACAAAUUCCUUUCAACUGGCGGUGGACGUGGGAUGUGGCUCAGGUCAGAGCACUCUGGUCCUAGCGAAGCGUUUUGAGAAGGUGGUUGGGACGGACAUCAGCGCAGCUCAGAUUAAGGAAGCCAAGAGAGCUAGCCACCCUCCAAAUGUCGACUACUUCCUGUGCCCUGCAGAAGCCCUUCCUUUCAAAGAUAGCUCUGUCGACCUCAUCACAGCCUUCAAUGCAGCUCACUGGUUUGAUGCUCCUCGCUUCCUCAGGGAGGUGGACCGUGUCCUCACGCCGGCAGGCUGCGUGGCCGUCAGCUCCUACAACCUAGAGGCAGAAGUGCAUUACAAAGACUGUUCGGAGAAGUUGACGGAGAUCUUCAUGGAGCUUCGGGAACAGUUUUUUGCCUACGCGGACGAAAAGAUCCAACGUGUUAUGAAUGGUUACAAAGAAAUAUUUGAUUCCCUGCUCUAUCAGGACAAGAAGAGGUUCAUUGAUAUUGUCGAUAAAGUUCCCUUCAGUAUUGCUGGCCUGAUGGGAUAUGUCGAGUCUCUUGCCAUGUACCAAACUUUCCUAAAAGCCCAGCCUGAGGUAGCAAAAGCGCUUCUGCAAAACACAGAAAAAAGGUUCCUAGAGGCGAUGGGGGUUUCUUCUCGCGACACCACAGUGGAGCUGUGGAUGAAGCACAUUUGCAUUCUGGGUUGUAAGAACCCUUGA